AUGAGCUCUUCGCAACAGCCUCUCAUCCCGCCCUCGAAACCAUCUUCACCUCCGCCGGCGUACUCAGAGUUCGCUGAACCCAUCUCACCACCACCUGGCAGUACUCACCAACCUUACGGCCCCACUCCCGCACCACUUCUUCAGCGACAAACACAUGUGCUGCCUUACUACGAUCCUCGUUCAGAUCACUCUUUAGUGGAAGCUGUUUCCAGAGCACGCUGGCGGUUUGUCGGGGCUGUUGCUUGGGCCGUCGUAAUCAUGGCUCUAGCAGGGAUGGCGAUGGGUUUGGAGGCGAGGUACCACGUAAUAAUUGGUCCAUGA